AUGUUUCAAAUUUCAGUUAUAUUCUUUGCCCUGGCCGCAUUAGCUACUCAAGCAGCAACAGCCUCCAGAUGCUUGCCGUCCAAUCUCCCAAAUCCCGACGUAGCUGGAGCUCUUAUCCUCAGUGUUCAAGCUGAGGAAGUACACAACUACUCAGCUGUCAGUCUUGGCCCAGGCUCCAAUGAGGGAAGGAGGUACACCAUCAACUUCUGCAAUGUUACAGUCACUUACACUCAUCCUGGUUGGAACGACACAAUCAACACUCAGAUCUGGCUGCCACUUGAGGACUGGAAUGGCAAGUUCCAAGCUUUGGGUGGUGGAGGCUACAGUGCCGGUUUUGGCUCUACAUACCUCACAUUCGCUGUCGCCCAAGGAUUCGCAUCUGCCUCCACUGAUGGAGGUCAUGCUGUGGGAGACCAAGCUAUUCCAACUGAUCUCUCGUGGUUUCUCACAAGCAAAAAUAAUGUCGACUGGUUUCUCCUCGAAGACUAUGCAUCCAAGGCCACCAAUGACCUUGGAGUGAUUGGAAAGGAGAUCACCAAGUCAUAUUACCACCAAGCUCCAAAAUAUUCCUAUUUCUCUGGAUGCUCUGGCGGUGGAAGACAAGGUCUCCUGAUGGCGCAGGAAUAUCCGGAUGUCUUCGAUGGCAUUUUAGCUAUCGCUCCCGCCAUUAACUUGGAAGCCUUCAUUCCUGCGGGCUACUGGGCCGCGCACGUCAUGAACAAGAAUCAUAUCUACCCAUCCCCUUGUGAAGUUCAGGGGUUCACUAAAGCAGCCGUCCAAGCCUGCGAUCUGUUGGAUGGAGUGCAAGAUGGCAUUAUCAGCUUGCCAGGAUCUUGCAAUGUCAAGGCCUCUGACUUCAUCGGAGACAAAUACACAUGCAAUGGAGUACAGCAUAGUCUGAGCGCCUCAAGUGCGAAAGUCAUCCAAGCUGCCUGGUCUGGAUCUGGAAAGGCCGGCUGGCCUGGUGUGAACAAAGACGCAGCAAUCGACAGUUACUAUGUCCCAACUACCUGUACCAUCAAUGGUACAUGCACAGCGGGCGAUAGUGAUUUGUUCGGCAAUUGGAUCAAAUAUGCUAUUGCCAAAGAUCCCAGCUUCCCACUUCAGAACAUGACCGAUUCUAUCUUCUUUGAUAUGCUGCAUUCUUCCAUGCGCCAGUAUGAAGGAAUGAUUGGAACCACCAAUCCUGAUCUGUCUAAGUUCAAGGCAAAUGGUGGCAAGAUGAUUACCUGGCAUGGACUUGCCGACGAAGCGAUCCCACCAAACGGAACAAUCAGCUAUUACGAAGAAGUGCUCAAAAUGGAUCCAAAAGCCCGAGACUUUUACCGCUUCUUCGAAGCACCUGGUGUUGGCCAUUGUUAUGGUGGAAUUGGGCCAAUUCCGAACGGAGCCCUGUCGCAGCUGAUGGAGUGGGUCGAAUGGGGCCAUGCUCCUGAGACUCUUCAUGCGACCAAAGGUAGCAACAACACCGCUCGAGACUUGUGCCCGUAUCCACUCCGGCAGACGUUUGUUGGCGGUGAUUCCAGGAACGCAACAUCGUUCACCUGCGUUCAAUAA